AUGGUUCAAACUGACUCCACCAAAAUGCUGAAGAAGGUAAUGGGAAUGCUCGUUUCCAAAUAUUUGUCCAUGAAAGCUAAGAUGAGAGCUAUGGAGACUCCUCUCAUCAUGCACUGGCUUCUGUUGCGGGAUAACAAGGUGGUCCCGCAUCUCAUCUAUCAGAGGAGAUGCUCUAACCUGCCCAACGCAAUUGAAGUUGAAGAUUACCAGUCAGACACCCUUGCUGCACAUCUUAACAACUUUAUUGCUUUAGCUCCAGCGGGCAUAGUGCAGCUGGCAGACGGCAAGAUGGGAACAAAGGAAGAUGAUGAGCAUCUGCAGAAAUACUGUAACCUGUCCACGACAGUUGAAUUUGAGGAUUACCAAUCUCACAACUAUGCCACUCCUACUUACAGAUCCAAUGCUACUAAUCCAGUCAGCAUAGCGCAGUUGGCAGAGGAAAAUCACGAGAAUCCAAAUUUGAGACACUCGUUUAUUGAAGACAACCAAAUGAAGGAUCAUUCGAUAUCUGUUAUAGAGAUUGUAAAGAAUGCAAAAGAGGGACAAGGGAAGGAGUUCAGGCUGGAGGACGACAUAGACCAGGUGGCUGACUUGUUUAUUAAAUGA